AUGAGCCCUGAGCCUUGCCAAGCAUUUUCGGUGCCCGUGAAGGAGCCUCUGCCUUCUACAGGGUCAGCCUUCCCAGCCCCCGACAACGAGCGUAUUGGAUGCGCGUGUCUCAGCACGGGGUCUCCAAAAGAGCCCAGGAGCAAGGAGCGGUCGGUCCGCGGCGACUUCGCUGAGGGGUGCCGGUUCCCCAGUCCCAGGCCAGCCCGUCGGCCUCCAGGCGCCCUCAUCGCGCGCGCGCUUGGCGGCGCUCACCGUCCUCUUCCUAAACGUCUGCGCCGUGACCUCUCCUCUGGCCCACAGGCGUCUCUGCCCGCCCUGGCCGUGGCCCGGCUUCCCGGCCCCUCUCCCUGGCCGCCCGUCUCUGCCGGGCCCGCAGCCGGCAUCCGAAAGCCCGGCAGGACUGCCCUGUGGAGGAGAGCCGCCCUUCGCCUCUCCGCGUCGCCGACAUCCAGCCUAGGCGGGGGCACCAGGCCCGGGGCCACCCAGGAGGCCCUCCCCGCUGACCGCGUCCUGGGCGCCCCGCCGCCCUCAGCGGGGCUGGCCCAGCCUCCUCCCCCUUCUCCCCCGCUGGGGACUCCGCUGGGGCUGGAGGACAGUGGCGUCCACGUCCUUCUACACUCACUGCACCCCAGAGACCCAUCCCCUGAGGACUGCCUGCCGGAGGGUGACUGCGGGCAAGGGAGUCUGAGCCCCGCGCGGGUGGGGGGACAAGGAGAACGGCCUCCCAAGAGUGCUGUCGAGAUCGCCUUGGACAAGACCACCCCGGUUAAGUGUACACCUCCGUUUCGGGGCCCCGGGCUCCAGCCAGCGUUCCUGAAAGCUGCUCGGGAGAAGGCGGCGGCUGCAGGACGCGACCCGUGUUGCGGGGCCGGCCUGACCGGCUGCGUGUCCGUGACUCCGUUGGCGAGCGCCUGCGCGGGCGCCCUGCUCCCGGGCGCCUUCCCCAGCCCGCUCCGAGCCGGUGCGCUGGCCCCUGGCUGCCGACCCGCUGAGGCGUUCGGGGCCUCGGGGCCCCUCGCCCUCAGCAGCGGUAGUGGCCUCGUGUGGCUGAGCGGACCGGCGAGGUGUGCGGGACAGCAGGCCGCGGGGGACACCGGCCUAGCACGGGGCGUCACUGGGUUGGCAGGGUCCUUGUGGACGGGGCGAGAGGAGCCCGGGGCUUAUCUCAGCGUGCACCCCGCGUGA